AUGGCAAGCCUACGAAAAACACACCCCCUCAUUAAAAUCGCUAAUGACGCACUAGUUGACCUACCCACACCAUCCAACAUUUCAGCAUGAUGAAACUUUGGCUCUCUACUAGGAUUAUGCUUAAUUACUCAAAUUCUAACCGGCCUAUUUCUAGCUAUACAUUACACCUCAGACAUUUCAACCGCAUUCUCAUCCGUUACUCAUAUCUGCCGAGAUGUAAAUUACGGCUGACUAAUUCGUAAUAUUCACGCCAAUGGGGCAUCAUUCUUCUUCAUCUGUAUUUAUAUACACAUUGCCCGGGGCCUAUAUUAUGGAUCAUACCUUUACAAAGAAACCUGAAACAUUGGAGUAGUUCUCCUACUCCUAGUUAUAAUGACAGCCUUUGUCGGUUAUGUUCUUCCAUGAGGACAAAUAUCCUUUUGAGGCGCUACAGUAAUCACAAACCUUCUAUCCGCCGUGCCAUACAUGGGAGAUAUGUUAGUUCAAUGAAUUUGAGGAGGCUUCUCCGUAGACAAUGCAACAUUAACACGAUUCUUUGCAUUUCACUUCCUCCUACCAUUCAUUAUCGCCGCCGCUACUGUCAUUCACCUACUGUUUCUCCACGAAACAGGAUCAAAUAACCCCAUCGGACUGAACUCAGACGCAGACAAAAUUUCUUUCCACCCAUACUUUUCAUACAAAGACCUCCUUGGAUUCGUGAUUAUACUACUAGCCCUCACACUCCUGGCAUUAUUCUCCCCAAACCUUUUAGGAGACCCAGAGAACUUCACUCCAGCCAACCCCCUGGUUACUCCCCCUCAUAUUAAACCAGAGUGAUAUUUCCUAUUUGCCUACGCCAUUCUCCGAUCAAUUCCCAACAAGCUAGGAGGAGUUCUUGCACUACUAUUCUCUAUCCUCGUACUAAUAGUAGUACCCCUAUUACACACCUCAAAACAACGAGGACUAACGUUCCGCCCAAUCACCCAAUUCCUAUUUUGAACUCUAGUCGCAGACAUGAUUAUCCUGACAUGAAUUGGAGGAAUACCAGUAGAACAUCCAUUCAUUAUCAUCGGACAAAUCGCAUCCGUCCUAUAUUUCGCACUGUUCCUUGUUCUCUUCCCACUAGCAGGUUGAUUAGAAAAUAAAGCACUGAAAUGAGCUU